AUGACCGACAGAAAAAGAAAUUUACAAAUGACACCCGACUAUUUUACAGGCAAUGAGGAUGUAAAGAAAUUCUUAAAACAAUAUUCUAUGAUAACUGACUUUAAUAACUGGGACGAAAAAGAUAAACUAAAAUUUUUACCAAUGUUUGUAAAAGGAACUGCGAGCAAUUUCUUAGACAAUUUAAAUAAUUUAAAAACAAAUUGGACAUGGAAAGAGAUAGAGGAUGCGUUUAUUGAUCAAUAUCUACCUAUUGAUUACACUACCAUUUUAAAGACAAAUUUAGAAAAUAGGAGACAGGGAGAAUCAGAGUCGGCAACAAGUUUCAUGGCUGAGAUCGAAAAUAAUACAACUUUAAAAAAAUUAAAAGAAAAUCUAAAAAAAUACGAACUUAUGCAACAUAGAAUUAAUAACAGAGGCCCGACAAUUAACAAUUACACUGACUUACUGAAUUUACAAGUGACUAAAUUACAAGAGUUUCAUAAAAAUAAAGAAAUAAAAAAGAACGAGGAACACACUGAAAACUUAUUAUUAAAAAUAGAACAACUUACGGAAGAAGUCAAAAGAAUGAAUAUGCUGGGAAAGAAUACAAAUAGAUCUGUAGAUUUUAGAGAAAAUAGAUAUUAUGACGAUUAUGAAAACAAGAGAUAUUAUAGAAAUAAUGAGACAAGAGGCCGUGAUUAUAAUAGAAAUAAAGAUUACUAUAGGAAACCAGAAUAUAGAUACAAAAGUCCAUACCCAGGAAGAUCGCGAGAAUCAAGCAGGGAUUCAAGAAGAUAUAAUAGAAACCGAUCUUUUUCGAGAGAUAAUCAGCGUAGAAAUAGAGAUAGAUCAUAUUCAAGAGAGAGACCAGACUCACGUGAACAAAGUUACACUAGAGAAUCACAAAGAGAUAAUUAUAAGAUACAAGAUAGUCGAGAUAGACAAAGCAGAUCAAGGACACCGGAACAAUAUAGAAAUAAAGAUAAACAAAAAGAAAUGAGAGGUGAAAUGGAAAAUAUAACGUGUUAUAAAUGUGAGAGAAGAGGACACUAUGCUACACAGUGUGAUAAUGUAAAAAACUAA